ACCACUUUAUUACCGCCUCCGAAAUUCCCUCUUUUCUAGGGUUCUUCAUCUUCAAUUCAAUUUAGUCUCCGGAAAUUUGCUCAACUUGCAAGCCACAACAAUUUGACGAUCGACGAAGCAGCAAAAGGAUAUGGAUCUAGAGGUGGUGGGGCGCCACGCCUUGCUCUUUGACGACGACGCCAUGGCGGCGUUCGUGAACUCCGGCGACGCCCUUGUUGAGUGGCACUCCCUCAAUAUUGACCGUUACGACGUGCGCCACCUUCUCUCCGGACCUCCUCCGUCGCGCCGACGCAGUCGCAACUCCGAAACUAUCCUCGUGGAGGACUUAUCCCUUGAAGCUGAACUCGAUCAUGAGAGAUAUCUUGACCUCCCGUCGCAGUCCGAUCAACCAGAUGUGGAGGAUGAUGAACACCGACCGGACAGUUUAGGCUAUCGUGCUGUUGCCUUCUCUUAUGGAAACAAUGAUUCUGCUGACCAAAGGGAUGCUGAUGCUGGAGCGGAAUCUUCUGGGUUUCUCCCUCCGUUCCCCAUUCCUGGAGACCUUCUUCACUGCUUGCCUCCUACUGAGAAGGCGCAUCAGAUAAUUGCAAGGACUGCCAUGUUUGUCAGCAAAAAUGGUGGGCAGUCAGAGAUUAUUCUGCGGGUGAAACAGGGAGACAAUCCAACAUUUGGGUUCUUGAUGCCUGGCCAUCAUCUUCAUGCAUACUUCAGAUUUCUUGUUGAUCACCCAGAGCUUUUGAAUUCUGAAUCUGAUGGAAACUCACAAGAUGAGAGGAUAAAGGGAGGUGGCGAGCCCAAUAAUUCAAAUGGUGUUGGUGGAGCUUUGUCUUUGCUUGGGUCAGUCUAUGGGUCUGGAGAGGAAGAGGAGGGUGAUGAUACUGUAAAAACUGAGAGAGAUGCCUCCCAGGAUAGUUCUGUCACUGAUAGUAUUUCUCACGGUUCAAAAAAGAUUGAAUCCCAGGCCCAUAUGAUGAAGGAUGAGUCAGUGUCUAGAAACCCAAUUCUUUCCAAUAAAGAGAAGGUUCUCACAGUGAAGAAGAACUCUUUGAUCAAUGCAUCCAAAUCUGGAACUGUGAAAGGCAUGGAAGAGAAAUCUCGUUCAGUUUCCGCUGCUGCAGAUAAAGCAAAGAGUUUGACCAUGGGAAUGACUUCAAAGAUUGAGCCAUUAAUUGUAGAGCCACCACCUGAAUUAAAGAGAUUGAUUGACAAGAUUGUUGAAUUUAUUAUGAGAAAUGGGAAGCAGUUUGAGGCAACUCUUAUUGAGCAAGAUAGCAAGCAUGGGAGAUUUCCUUUUCUUCUCCCAUCCAACCAGUACCAUUCGUACUACUUAAAAGUCCUUCAAACUACUCAAGAGUCUAGAGUAAAUGGGAAGAGUUUGUAUCCUGGAAAGGAUGACCUAGUAGGACGUAGGACAGACAAGAAAGCUUCUGUACUCAAGGAAAAGGAUUUUUCAUUGGAUUCUGCUGUUUGUGACAUGCCAUUGGAAUCUGACAGGAAAGAGAAGUUCAAAAUGGUAAUAGGCAAAUCAAAGAAGGACAUACAGGAGACUGAAUCCAAAGGGGCCCAGCAAGAAUGUGGAAUCACUGUAGAUGCAGCAGCUGCAGCUGCUAUUCUUCAGGCUGCAACAAGAGGCAUAAAAAAUUCUAAUUUGCACAUAAUUUCAAGCACUUCUCCGGGUGUUCAUGUGAAUAGCAGUGAAGUUAUACAGCCUGGAACUUUAGGCAGCCUUCCUUCUUCCCGACCAGGUAAUGCUGUUGAAAAGUCUGGUCAGAGUGAAAGUCAUAAUUUUUCUGCAGUUGCCACCAACGCAAUUGCAAGAACAGUUGCUGGUGAAGCUGCUGGAGAGGCUGAUUCUGCUGAGGCACACUUGACCAAAGAGCAGAAGCUCAAGGCUGAAAGGCUGAAAAGGGCUAAACUGUUUGUAGCCAUGUUGAAAAGUGGCGAAGUGCCCUUUAAAGCUGGAACAUCACGUGGUUCAUCACUAGAACCUCUAGACUCCGGAGUCUCAAGGUCAGCUAGUGAGGUUAAUCUUGAUGGCAAAGACAGAGAAGGCAGCUUGGCUCCUGUUGAUCUUGAUAUGCCUGCUACAGGUGAGAAGCGUGAGAAAAAUUAUUUUGGUGAGGAGCAUGCUGAGCGACUCUCGAAAAGGAAGUAUCGAUCAAGAGCUGGAGGAUGUGAGGAUGUUGAUGAAGAUGAUUAUGGAGAUGAAAAUACAAAAGAGCAUGAGAGUCGCUCAAGAAGGAAUUCUGGAUCAAGAUCUAGGAGACAUGAUGGAGAAGAUGAAAGUGCAGAGGAAAUGAAACAUAAGCACCAUAGGAAAAGGCAUCGACAUCAUUCUUCUUCUGAGGAAAAUGAGGAUAAAGGAGAAAGUAGUGAAGAAGACAGGGACCAUAAGCGCCAUAAAUCAAAGCACCGAUCUCAUCGUUCACAACGGGAGGAUGAAUGUGAAGAUAAAUAUAAAGAGGACAGAAAUCAUAAACGGUCUAGGAAGAAACAUCGUUCUCACUCUUCUUCUCAUGAGCACUCAAGGAAAAGGCGUUCAUCGAAGCAAUAUUUGCAGGAAGACAAUCAUGAUGAUCAUGGAAUAGAUAAAAAAUCUAGGAAAAAGCAUCACUCGCAUCGUAGCAGGGACAAACACAGGCACAAGAGUGGGCGUUCUUCUAGAGACAAGGAAUCUCGACGGAACCGUAAGCAUGAUACAUCUUCAGAUGAUGAUCGUGAAAAUAGUAGUUCCAUAGAUAAACAUAAAAAUGGAUCAUCUGAUGAAAGAAAUGAGUUGGAAGAGGGCGAGAUCAGCUACAGAGUCUCAGAUGAGUCUAGAGGAAUUGCAGGUGGUCAUAUCAGCAGAGAAACUUCUAUUGAUGUAGUGAGUUCCCUCCAGAGGGCUUCAUCCCAACCUUCUGAAACCAUUACUGAUGUCCCUGAUGAUCUGAGGGCCAAAAUCCGUGCAAUGCUGAUGGCCACUCGCGUCUAAUUGUGAAACUUCAACAUCCAUGAAAAAUGUGAUAAGUGACAGGAUGAAUAUGUCAAGACUGAGUGCAGGAGGUGGAAGGAUAGAAUUGCUAGUGCAUCAGAGUUCCAAAUACACUUGGAAGUGCUCGACCUAUGUAUGGUGCCGAGAAAAUCAAGAUCACCACCUUCCCGAAUGGGCUGCCAGUUCUUGACCAAUGGCAGAUCUUGAUUUGCCUGUGUAUGACAACAUCAGUUUGUUGUGCUAAUAUUGUAUGAAAUUUUUUAAUCCCUCAUCUCCCAGAUGUUUUUAAUAUUACAUGAAAUUUUGCAUUGUCGUUGAUGAUUUGUGAAA